AGGGAUAGUAACGGUAACACAGGAGUGAAAAGAGAAAGUAAAAUAUAGACUUAAUAUGGUGCAACAGAGUUCAGGUUCAUACUGGAACAAGCAGAGAGACUCUCGGAGACCCUUCAGCUAUGGAUUACAUUGAGCUCCAAAAGUACAUUCAGAACUUCAGCCUGGACCACUGUCCGCGGGGGAACCAGGGCUACAAUCAGGUCCUACUGCAGCUGUUUGGGUUCACAGGGCACGGCAAGUCUGCCCUCAUAAACUCACUCAAGUGUGUUCUGUAUACGGGGAAUUUUAGAAUGCAUGCUAGAUCAGGAGUCGUAUUCAGUGGGGGAGCUAUGACUCUGGAGAGGAGAGCCUAUGGACUCACACCCACCAUCACAGUUGUGGAUAACAGAGGGUUUGGAAGGAUGAACGACCUUGAGAUGAGAAUGAUUUACGCUCAGUUGGGUAACUUCAUGCCCCUUAAUAAGAAGGUGGAAUGGAGAGACAGUUAUGAAGACUUUGUGUCCCAGCUGGAGGAUUCUGAGAUGAACCCAAAUUACACAGACUUUAUAGUUCCGAUAUUUGUUUAUAAGGUGCUGGUCACAUUGCCCGAGCAGGAGAUGUCACAAACGAGAGCUUUUUUUAAAAACUGCAGAAACCUGACAGGUGUUUUCCCAAUCGUUGUCCUCACCCACAAAACUAGUGGAAAUUAUUUUGAAGUUGAAAAGAUGUUUCAAUGUUUAGGGGCAGAGGUGGUUGUGGCAGUGGAGAACUACUCCGAGGAGGAUCAGAUACAGACACGAGGGAGAAGUAGAGAUUUCCUUAACGUUCUUAAAUCUGCUUUGGAUGAUGUGACAUUCCGUAUGCAGCAACUCAGGAACCCAAAGGAAGAACGUAUACAGAGAAAGAAAUUCCUGCUUACUUAUGUCCAUGAUAUUGAUAUGGCUGAGCGGAUAAAUAAAGAAGCAAUGAGGAAAGGGACUAGAAUAAGAGAGGAGGCUAAGAAAGUGGAGGCUAGGAAAAGAGAGGAGGAGGCUAGGAGAGCAGAGGAGGCUAGAAGAGCAGAGGAGGCUAGAAGAGCACAGGAGAAUAUGAUAAGAGAGGAAGCUAGGAAAGCAGAGGAGGCUAGGAAAAGAGAGGAGGCCAAAAAAGCAGAGGAGGCUAGGAAAAGAGAGGAGGCUAAAAAAGCAGAGGAGGCUAGGAAAAGAGAGGAGGCUAAAAAAGCAGAGGAGGCUAGGAAAAGGGAGGAGGCUAUGAAAAAAGAAGAGGAGGCUAGGAGAAGAGAGGAGACUAGGAAAAGGGUAGAGGCUAUGAAAAAAGAGGAGGCUAGGAAAAGAGAGGCUAUAAAAGCAAUGGAAGCUUGGAGUAGAGAGAAGACUGUGACAGUAGAGGAAGUUUGGAGAAGAGAAAAAACUGUGACAGCAGAGGAAAUUUGGAGAAGAGAGGAGGCUAGGAAAGCAAUUGAAGCCAGGGAAAGAGAGGAGGCUAGGAAAGCAGCAGUGGCUCAAAUGUUUAUGGGACAACAACAAACAAAAGAGAAUAUCCCAGUUAAGAAGGAGAAGACAAAAAGAUGUCACAUUCAAUAA